CCUUCAAACUCACCCCAUGCGGCUUCAGUCCACUCCUAUGAUGUACGACGCCGACGUUUCCUCUUCCCAUCUGCCGGCUGCCGUACAAGGUCUGGCACCCGCGGACGUCAUGCCCCCCGAGGCCGAGCGACGGGGGGCGGACCCAACUGCUGCGGAGCACUACGCACGUGUGGUAGCCGCGCUGCUGUAUGUCGCAUGCGGCGGUCUGGACCAGGCGCACAACCUGGUCACCCCGCUCAGCUGGGGCGCCCCCACGCCCUUCGCCGGGCCCCCCCUGCCCGGCAGCCCCGCGGCCAAGGAUGCCGCGUACACGCAUGCGCUGGUGCACCGAUCAGAG